AUGGAGGAGACUGAUAUCAGGUUUUUGGAAUCUACAGUUUCUUUAAAGAGUGAGGAGGAAAAUAAACACUUAACAGGCAGAAACCCAGACUGCAGUUCCAGCUCUUCAAAGACUGACGUUAAUGAGGAUGAUGAAGAGGAUGGUGAAAUGACCAAUCCUGACUCUCUGCUAAAGAACUCAUCAGACUCUGAAUCAGAACGUGAAGACAGUAUGAAAGAUUGGAAGGAGAGCAGGGCUCCUGAUUCAGAGGUAAAAACUGUCAACAAAUCUUUGAGCUGCUCUGAGUGUGGUAAGCAUUGUGAACUUUGUGGACAAAGAUUUAGUCAGAAGACAAAUUUAAGCAAUCACAUAAGAGGCCACACUGGAGACAAACCGUUUCCUUGUGAACUUUGUGGACAAAGAUUUAGUCGAAAGACAUAUGUAAACUCACACAUGAGAGUCCACACAGGAGAAAAGCCAUUUCCUUGUGAACUUUGUGGACAAAGAUUUAGUUGGAAGGCACAUUUAAACUCACACAUGAGAGUCCAUACAGGAGACAAACCAUUUCCUUGUGAUCAGUGUGGACAAAGAUUUACACGGAAGGAUACUUUAAAGUCACACAUGAGAGUCCACACAGGAGACAAGCUGUUUCCUUGUGAACUUUGUGGACAAAGAUUUAGUCGGAAGGACGCUUUAAACUUACACAUGCGAGUCCACACAGGAGACAAGCCAUUUCCUUGUGAACUUUGUGGACAAAGAUUUAGUCGGAAGGACCAUUUAAACUCACACAUGAGAGUCCACACAGGAGACAAGCCGUUUCCUUGUGAAAUUUGUGGGCACAGAUUUAGUCUGAAGCCAGAUUUAAACAAACACAUGAGAGUCCACACAGGAGACAGGCCGUUUCCUUGUGAAAUUUGUGGACAAAGAUUUAGUCAGAAGAUAAGUUUAAACAGACACAUGAGAGUCCACACAGGAGACGGGCCGUUUCCUUGUGAAAUUUGUGGGCACAGAUUUGGUCAGAAGUCAGAUUUAAACAAACACAUGAGGGUCCACACAGGAGACGGGCUGUUUCCUUGUGAAAUUUGUGGACAAAGAUUUAGUCAGAAGAUAAGUUUAAACAAGCACAUGAGAGUCCACACAGGAGUUAAAACUUUUUAACUGUACAUAUUAAA